AUGAAAACUUUAAAGACACUCAUUUUGAAUGAUAACCCGAUUGGUCAACUAGGAGCAGCCUUGAUUUCUAAAUUGACUAAUUUAAGAGAAUUGAAUUUAACAAACACUUGUAUGAACGAUAAGGGAGUUGAAUAUAUUUCUAAAAUGGCCAGUUUACGAGAUCUCCAAAUUGGCACAAAUCACAUGAUUACCAAGUUGGGAGCUCUUUAUCUUUCCCAAAUGAAAAACCUCCAAAGACUCUCUGUUCCUGCAACUUCUAUUAAUGAUCAGGGAGUUGAAUUUCUAGUCAACUUGGACUCGCUGCAAUACCUUGAUGCCAGAGGUUUACCAUUAUCAAUCAGAGGGCUUGAGACUCUUCUCGAGUACAAAACCAAACACAACACUAUACAAGUGGAACACAUACCAAUACCUCCAACUAUUCAAUUCAUACCUUGUUGUCCAAUUACAUUCUUUCAAUACCGAUUCGAUGAAUAUAACAAUUACUUUGAUCAAUGA